CUCCUAGUCGCUCGUCGCGGCCGCUCGUGUGUGAAACUCGCGUGCACGCAUGUUACGACUCCUGAAAAUUAUGUAAAAAAUGUGCGACCUGCAAAUUCGUGUGUUAUCAUAAUAUUUCAGUGCGUGUUAUAUUUUUUUGAGCUCCGUGAUUUUUUUUACUGUCAAAGGUUUAUUAGAUUUGUUUUUUUUUGGAAUGACUGGUUUUAUCGUGUGUGGUGACAUUUAAAUAUUGUUUAAGUAUUUGACAUUUUGUUGUUGUUUUUUUUGUUGACUGUGCUAUAUCGUUGUGAAGGUGUUAAUUUGGAUUCUGAAAAACAGAGAUUCCUAUCAAUUUAAUCAUCAAGGAGAUAUUUAUAUAAACCGGGUUUUCUUCUUAACUUCGAGAUACACAGAUCGUUACAACAUCCAGCAAGUCAUUCAAAAGAACUGGCGUGAAAACUGUUAACAAUUAACUGAUCACCAACAAAACAAAAGCAGCCAUGUCAAAUUCAAGAAAAUAACCUCAAAGAUCCAAGAUGGCGGCGCAAGAUAAAGACUGGGUCGAUUACUUCGGCGAUUUUAACGCAACAAAACAAAUUGUCGAUGGGGACAGCACUGAUUUAGACAUUUCGAAAGUAAAUUAUAAUUAUUACGACAACGGAACCGGUUAUCCGGGAUACUCGAACUUCUCGGCAGCUGAUGAUUUCUGCACGUCGAACCAUUCGCAUUUUUAUUUAAAUGUCACUUGCGAGUUUCCUGUUAAUUAUGCUGAGCCUAUGUAUGGGUACAUAGCCCCGUUCCUCCUAGCGACCACCACAGUAGCCAACACACUAAUCGUGGUGGUUCUAUCAAGAAGACAUAUGAGAACCCCCACCAACGUAGUCCUGAUGGCCAUGGCUCUAUGUGAUAUGUUCACCAUGCUGUUCCCAGCCCCCUGGUUGUUCUACAUGUAUACAUUCGGCAACCAUUAUAAGCCACUCAGCCCUGUGAGAGCGUGUCAAGCGUGGAAUUAUAUGAAUGAGGUGAUACCAGCGAUGUUCCAUACGGCGAGCAUCUGGCUGACCCUGGCACUGGCGGUACAGCGGUACAUCUACGUGUGCCACGCGCCCGUCGCAAGGACAUGGUGCACAAUGCCUCGCGUGAUGAAGUGCCUGGUGUACAUCGGCGUGGCUGCCUUCCUGCAUCAGCUGCCGAGGUUCUUCGACCGGCGGUACGUCCCGCAGAUCACAGUCUGGCGAGGACACUUCGAAGAAGUCUGCAGAAUCGAAAUGGCUCCCUGGGUGCACGCAAUAUCACUGGACGCGUACUUCAUAACCUACUACGGCUUCAGGGUCUUAUUCGUUCAUCUCAUCCCUUGCACAUCUCUAGUAGUCCUCAAUGUCUUACUCUUCAGAGCUAUGAGGACCGCACAAAUAAACAGGCAAAGACUCUUCAAGGAGAACAGAAAAUCCGAGUGCAGAAAGCUGAGAGACUCAAACUGUACUACAUUAAUGCUUAUAGUCGUUGUCACGGUCUUUUUGCUGGUCGAAAUCCCAGUCGCUGUCGUCACUAUCUUACAUAUAAUAUCUAGCACUAUUGUCGAAAUUCUAGACUAUUAUAUAGCCAACAUCUUGAUUUUAAUCACUAAUUUCUUCAUCUUAGUUUCUUAUCCUAUCAAUUUUGCGAUCUAUUGUGGCAUGUCAAGACAGUUUCGAGAGACUUUCAAAGAGCUUUUUAUAAGGGGCGCGGUGACGAGUAGGAAAAAUGGCGGAUCCAGUAGGUAUUCCCUAGUGAAUGGCCCUAGGACUUGCACGAACGAAACUGUGCUUUAAAUUUUUCGUAUUUUUGUAAAUAUUCUUAUGAGUAGUUUUUAAGGAUUUUUUGAAUUGUUUUUUUAAUUGUCUAUGUAUGUACUGUUAGGACAUAUCAAUUAUGGAAAAUGGAAAAUUCUGUUUUUAUUUUCAAAUAAUAUGAAAAGUUUCGAAAAAUUUACCUUCUACAAAAAAAGUUAAUUUAUUCUCAUUUUUAUUAUGGAUGGCACAAAUGUUUGUUAAAAUAUAAUAAUAAGUGUAUAAAAAUUAAACGUCGAUUUUUAUUGAAUGUAAAACAUUGUACAAAAACGACGAAUUCUAGGGUUUAUACCAAAAUAAAAUAUAGUAAAAAAUGUAAGUAGUUUAGCGAUGUAUAAUUUGCAUUUAUAUUUGCUUAUUGUAUAAAUAUAAAAAAUAUAUAAUUUGUGUAUACUUUUUCGCGGCUGUGAGAUUACCUGAUCAAAAGUUGAUAAUAAAUGAUUAAUUUUGUUAUAUUUAAUAUAUUUUGUAUAUUGAUUAGCUAAUCACACGGCCUUUGAAUGGUGAGCCCCCAUUUCGGAAAAGUAUCAAAAAUUUUGUAAAUAUUAUACAAAUAAAAAAAAAUACAAUUAUUUAGUUCUCAAUGUGCUUUUAUUAUUCAGGAAUUUUAGAAUAAGAUGAAAAACGAUUUAUGAGAUAUUUGUAAAUUUAUAUAAAAAUAUAUUAAAAAUAAAAGUAGAUAUGUGUAAAAAUGUGUAAGUAUUUAUAAAAAGUCAAAUGGUACUAAAUGUUUAUGUUGUAACUAUAUGUUAUCAAUGUUUGUAAUGCUUCCUUAUUUUAAUGGUAGAUAAUCUUUUAGAUUAGGACAAAAUAGAGAAAAAAAUUGAAAUAGUUGCGCCACAGUCGCGCUAUAGUUGCCCAACUAUCAU